AGCUGACGAGCUGUCAACAACGCACCGUGAAGCGGAGGGGAAGGGACAGUCCUGUCAACCCAACGUGGAUCCACAGUGUUUAGCAGCACUGCUAGCAGCCUGUCAGGGCACUGACUGGGCAAACUGAACUAGUGCUAAACCCACCACUGUAAAAAAACUACAUGUGCCUGGCUCCCAAUGAUCUCCUAAUCUCUGGGAAUCGCCCGCCGUCCAGGACUGAGGACGUCUCUGCACCCGAAGCUGACUGCGUUCAAGGUAAAAAGAUGGAGAGCGAGAAGAAGAGGAGAAAAUACUCCACGAGCAGCAACGACUCCGACACCACUGACAGUCAGGUGACGUCAUGGUCCAGGUCAUCCAAGAAUACAGGCACCAGCAGCACAUGGGUCCGCCACCAGCACAAGAAACCAUCAGAGGUGUUCCGUACCGACUUCAUCACGGCCAUGAAGCUGCCGGAUUCGGCCCAGCUCGGCCCGGACGACUUCUAUGUGCUGUCGGACCCCUGGAGACAAGAGUGGGAGAAGGGAGUACAGGUCCCUGCCAACCUAGAGGCCAUACCAGAACCUGUGGUCAGGUUACUGCCGGAGUUAACAGGUGGUCCAUCCCACACCGGGCAGGAGAGGGAUGGUGACACCCAGCCUCCCCCCCCUCAGCUCUACAGCUGCUAUGACCUGGAUGACCUGGAUGUUGCCUGGCUGGAGCUGGUCAACCCAGAGUUCAGACAGAUGGCCUUACCAGAGCUGGACGAGCUGACGAUGGAGUGUGUUCUGGUGGAGCUGGAGAGCGUGUGUGAGGAGAAGAUGCGGCAGGCCAUCGAGACAGAAGAAGGCCUGGGAAUCGAGUACGACGAGGACGUGGUGUGCGACGUCUGCCGCUCGCCGGAGGGAGAAGACGGCAACGAGAUGGUCUUCUGUGACAAGUGCAACGUCUGUGUUCAUCAGGCAUGUUAUGGCAUCCUGAAGGUACCCCAGGGGAACUGGCUGUGUCGGACCUGCGCUCUGGGCGUCCAGCCCAAAUGUCUGCUCUGCCCCAAAAGAGGUGGAGCCCUCAAGCCCACCCGCAGUGGAACCAAGUGGGUCCACGUCAGCUGUGCCUUAUGGAUCCCUGAGGUGAGUAUAGGCUGUCCAGAGAAGAUGGAGCCCAUUACCAAGGUGUCCCACAUCCCCGCCAGCCGAUGGGCUCUGUCCUGCAGCCUGUGUCGAGAACACACAGGAACCUGCAUACAGUGCUCCAUGCCCUCCUGUAUCGUGGCCUUCCAUGUGACAUGCGCCUUCGACCACGGCCUGGAGAUGAGGACCAUCCUGGCCGAAAACGACGAGGUGCGCUUUAAGUCCUUCUGUCUGGAGCACAGCUGCACCGCCAGCAACAGUAGUACAGCCACCAACAACACCUCCAGUUCAACCAGUGCAAGCAACGGUAACCACACCACCACUUCCACCACCAACGGAGCACACAGCACAGCCAGACCUGACUGGGCCACUACUGGUGUCAGUUCUGAGCUCCGGCCAGACCAGCCGCAUCAGCCGAAUGGCUGCAGUGACCCAGAACAGAGGUCAGUAGUACCGUACCCGAUUUCGGUGUCUGCGUCAGAGCGAGCUGAGCGGGACCAGCUGGAGAGAGAGAAGGUGAGCCAGAGGAAACAGAAGCUCCAGGAGCUGGAAGAUGAGUUUUAUCGACUGGUGGAGCCCAGAGAGGUGGCUGAAAAGCUGGCACUGCCCAUCAUCCAGGUGGACUUCCUCUACCAGUUCUGGAAGAUGAAGAGAAAGUCCAACUUUAAUCGACCUCUGGUGACCUUAAAGAGGGAUGAGGUGGACAACCUAGCACAGCAGGAGCAGGACGUCCUCUACAGACGCCUCAAACUCUUCACACACCUCCGACAAGACCUUGAGAGGGUGCGUAAUCUGUGCUACAUGGUGACACGGAGGGAGAAGAUGAAACACACCCUGUGCGACCUCCAGGAGAAGAUCUUCCACCUGCAAAUCCAACUACUGGAAGAAGACAUGGCUGGAGAGAAAACCCAAAAGGGAGAAAAGAGGAAGCAGAAUGGAGUGAAGGAGAAAGGGAAGGAGAGAAGGAAGAGUAGCCCUGAGAAGAAAAAGGAGAGAUGGAAGUCAGAGAGCGGCUCCCUGCUUAAAGAGCUAGGUUUGUCAAAGUCCUUCCCAUUGGACAACUCUUUGUUCGACAGCUGGCUCGCGCAGUCGGUCCAGAUCACCGCUGAUGACAUGCUCAGCCAAUGGGCUCUGGGUGCCCAACAUCGGGACAAGAGUGGCAGCCUGCUCUCCGAUCAGCUCCUGCAGGGCGAGGAGAGCCUGCUGAAUCUGAUGAUGGAGAACUCCAUGCAGUCCACCUGGAAAACGCCCCAGCUGGGCCGCAAACCACGAGGGGGCAACAAGCCUCGUGCUCGUGGACAUCAGCAAUCCACUGCCCCCGCCCAGCCGGACGCACUAUUGUCUGCUGCAGCAGCCUCUGCCGCUAGCAGCCCUUCCACUGCAAAGAGCCUUUGGGCGAGUGUGGUGGAAGAAAAGCCCAGUCAAGCAGCCCGCAAAGGGGAAAGGCCUAGGUGCUCCUCCAAGAGCCUACACCACCACCACAUUCAUCACCACCAGACCAGGAGCUCUGACCUGCAAAGGGACCCGGCACCGCAACCACCCAUCUCCAAAAUGGAUUCUUGUCACAUCUCGGAGGACCGUGGCCCAUGGGACAGCAUCCACACUGGGAAUGGUGUUGCAUCAGGCGCAGGACCAGGUUUUAGUGCAAGCUCGUCCCCGUAUCCAGCCUCCAGCCCAGGAGUCACGGUGCCCAUCACAGGGGUGGUCCUUCGUGGCAGCACCCCACGGCUCCGUCUGUCCCGCCAGGGUAAAUCCAGAGGGAGGGGCAUCAGUGGAGGUGUAGCGGAGUCCAUGGACCUACCCUUCACAGCAAAAGACGUGUCCCUGCUGGACACAGCUGAGACUGAUGGGUAUUUCUCUGAUGGCGAGCAGAGCGAUUUGGACACACGCUCUGGUGGGCGCAAACUCCGCUUGCCGCAGUUGCAUUCUGGGAACGAGGACCUGCUGAGAAGGAGCGUGCUGGCAUCCUAG